UCUGAUUCGCCAAAAAUGUCUUCGAUUCUUUCCUACGUGUCCAUGGCCAUGAAAUCUGCAGUGCAGUCCUUCCCACGGCAGCGCUUGCCCUUACUGUGCGCGGCGGGAGUGGGUUUAACGGCUAUAGCCUCUUGGAUGUGGUGGAGACGGAGGAGCAGCGAGGAGCUGAAGCAGGUGGGGGUCGUGUCCCAGCUCCUGAUUUACCCCAUUAAAUCUUGCCGGCCAAUAUCCGUCCAAGAUGCAGACUGCCUGGACAUGGGUCUCAGCAAAGGUGAGCUGAAGGACAGGCACUGGCUGGUGGUGACAGAGGCUGGAAAUAUGGUGACGGGAAGACAGGAGCCUCGUUUGGUCCUCAUCGAUGUGAGCGUAAGAGGGGAAUCUCUGUGCCUUAAAGCUUCGGGAAUGGAGGAGCUUCUGGUUCCCAUGUCACUCCCCAAAAGCAACAAAGUUCGUGACUGCAGGGUGUUUGGGAACGACAUCCAGGGUCGAGACUGCGGAGAAGAAGUUUCCCGCUGGCUGACAUCUUACUUCCAGAGCGAUCAGCCGUAUUACUUGGUGCAUUUUGAAGCUGAUACGAUGCGUCCGCGUAAAUGCAUUGAGGCCAAGGUAUUGUUCAGAGAGAAAGAUGUGAUCGCUUAUCCAGAUGCCAGUCCCAUCAUGCUCCUCUCUGAAACAUCGCUGGAGGAUCUCAACAGGCGUCUUGAAGAGCCGGUGUCCCUGAUGAAUUUCAGGCCUUGCAUCGUGGUAUCUGGCUGUGAGGCCUUUGCAGAAGAUGGUUGGGAUGAUAUCAGGGUUGGAACAUCAAGGAUGAAGAGGACCAUGGCGUGCGGACGCUGCGUCUUAACUACAGUGAACCCGAACACCGGCGUCAUGAGUCGGAAGGAACCUCUGGACACGUUAAGAACCUUCAGGGAGAGUGACCCCACCUUGAGCCAUCUCUAUAAAACUGCACCCCUCUUUGGGCAAUACUAUGGCGUGGAGAAGACCGGGACACUUAAAGUGGGGGAUCCGGUUUAUCAUGUGAUCAAACAUUAAAACAAUCGUUAGGAAGCAGAAGAGGUAAAACUGGAUACAAAUUGAUACAUUUUACACUAAUUAAAAAAAACAUAAAAUAA